GUCAUCCCACAGGUUCUCACUUUGAAGCAAGGAAAAAAAAUUCAACAGAUGAUUCAUCUUUAUCCACAGCAGCCAUCAUUGGCAUCAGCGCAGCUGGACUUGUAGCCAUCCUUGUGGUGAUUGGUACAGUUGUUUACUGGAAGAAGUAUCACCACCGUUCACGCCUGCGUGCUGCAUACUACAAUGAUAUCUCCAUGCAUGACCCUCUGUAUGAAGACUUUGGCCCUGAAGUUGCAUAAUUAAGAAGUUUUGCUUUGCUAUGUGACAGUGGCACAGCUACAGUCAGCAUGGAUGUUUUAAUGCAAUCGACAAUCUUCAACAAAAUGAUUGAGGCAGCCUUCCAUUUGACUUGAAAAACAGCCAAUCCAUAUAUUCUGUCUCCAUUCCCAUACCGUGUGACAAAGUUGAUACUUUGUGGGUACCGUACUUUGUGUGCUCAUAUCUUCCUAGUGAACAAGGCUAGAAGGAUUGGGUCAGGGAAAGUAACAAAGUGAAUUCAGUGGUUCAGUCAACUGUACUUUAUUUCAUAAAUGAAACUUGAAGGCAAAAUUUUCAAACAUUUUGUGGAAGAUUGUGGGAAGUACUGUUCUUCGUGCUUGUUUCAACUUUCUUUACCUUUCCCUUUUUAUUGUUGUUGUUUGUUAAGGCAAAGGUUAUUUUUUGCUUUCUUUGUAAGAUAUGAUUAUGGAAUAGCUGGUGUUGUGGUGUAGGUAUCGAUUAAUGUGUUUUUAUUUAUCUAUUUCUUAAUCUUUGAUUUUGGUUCUCUUGUCAUCUGGUUAUCACACCAUUUUGGCGCACGCAUGGUCUUGAAUUACAGCCUACUGUUACAGUAGUUGUUUCACAGCAAAGUACAGACAUCACACCUUUAUGUGCUCUAAGGCUUAACUAGCAAAGCGAGGCUGAGAAUAUUUGAAACUUGGCUGCUGGCUAAAGCUAUUCAUGAUAAAGCUGGCCAUAUUUAAAUGUAAAAUGUUAAAUUUGUCAAAUUUCACUAAAAUAUUAUAAGGUAUGUAGUAGUUGGUACAGAAACUGCACGUAAAAUAGUUCAUAAUCCUUCCAGAUUGAUAUAAUAUCUCCGUGUGAGGAAGGAUUGACCUUCCAUUUUGUGAGGGUUGGGAGGAUAGUUAUAAACAUUUCGGCAGCCAUCUCUUAGUUCAAGUGAGAAGUUUGCGUGAUUAGUGUUACUGGAUUUUGUCACGCAAGUGAACUGCGCACCUACCCCUCCCCUAACCCAACAUUAACCCUAACUUUUUACCAGUUGACUGUUAUUGGGAUAGGGGAGUGGUAGGUGCGUAGUUACUCAGAUACUGGCAUUAAUUCUUGUCAGUUAUAUAGAACACUUCUUCCUUAACCCUUUAACUCCCAGAAGUGAUCAACAUGAAACUUCUCCCUAUUACAUGCUCACAUCGUCCAGCAAAAAGCUAAUGAGAAUAUUCUAACUUAUCAGGUAGAAGUUAUCUUGAUCUAACACCAAAUUCUCAUAAUUAACUUAUAAGGAUACGUGUAGCAGCUAGAGGGGAGAAUUGAAAAUUAGAUCUUGGGAGUUAAAGGGUUGAAGCUGCAAGCUUAUCUGAUGGUUAAAAUAAUUUAGAAUGAACGAAGUUGUGCAACUUUCUGUUACCUUGAUCGCACAAUAUUUAGUGCUGCAAUACUGUGAUGAAAUAGCGUAGCUCGAGGAGAUUAGUGAUGGAAGCUGAUCAUGAGUGUCUUAAUAAUGCGUUUAUACUUUUUUUUUUUGUCAGGCAGUAGCUAUUUUUAGUACCUGUGGUAAGCUGGAAAUGUAAACAUGUACAUAACUUUUACUUAUAAACGGGUUCGGAAACUUCCUUAGGCGACGAACGUGUGAAUUCUAUCGAUGUUUUUAAUGUUGAAUUUUUGGAAGUAAAUCAAUAAACGUAGCCAUGAUACACGUAAUGACGCAAAACAGAAA